AUGCCCAUUCAGGCGGAAGACUGCAUCGGAGAACAAGCAAACUAUCUCUCUGAAUUACUGCUUGAACACUCUACCACGUUAGACCUAGUGGCUAAAACCGUGGACUGUAUCUUUAAAUAUAUAAGAGACAUCAAAGGCUCCUUAGAGAAUAUUACAUCCUUUGUAUCCCCAAAAGUGAAUGUCAGCCCUGUAGACGUUUCACCGGAGGAUAGGGCUGAACCAACGCCCAGAGUACCUGCCCUAUUACGUCUAACCCCGCAGACUGGCUGCAAAUCUGAAAACGAACAAUCUAUGGAAGAUUCACACACCAUAUCUUCCUAUAAUCUUUCGUUACAAGCCACUAGACUUUGUUUAAUUAUCCUUCCCUUCAAAGGUCAGGUUGUUAACUGGUCGUCUACACAUGUCGCAAGAAGGCAUUUGGCUGAGCUUCUGGGCAUAGAUCCUCUUUCCAUCGAUCUGAAAUCCGCUGUCCACAUUUACAGCAAGCCACACAGGCAGAGGAUACUGCUCACCUUUGAUUCUAAAAAGCUUCCAACUUAUAUGAUGUCCUUACGAAGCUACCUGACUAAUUAUAGAAUUUUUAUCACAAGAGUUUUUAUCAACACUAAGAUUUGCCCUCUUAUUCCCUACUCUCCAGUUAAAAGGAAAGCAAUUAAAAAUGAGGGCAUUCCAUCUACUACGAGCUCUACCUCUCCACCCUCAGACUUAAUUAGUUGGACAGAGACCCCCAUGCCCCUCCUAUCAAAGGCUACUCAUCUUGAGAAUUCGAUGGAGCAGGAAUUACUUGUCUCCUUCUCCCAUCUGCCAAAAGCCGAACAAACAGAGAUAACGGACAGACUAGAUGAGUUAUUACUCUAUCUCCGCAACUUUGAAGAUCUAGCGCCCAUAAAAGAGGCAAAUAUUCCACCUAACUUGGAGCGAAAAAUGGGUCAUGAAUCUCCUCAGGUCACGGCAGAACACACACCUCUACUCUGCCCAUCUGAAAUCCACGCCGAAAUCUCUGUGGCGCCCCUAAUCACAUUACCGGAGACUCAACCAUCCAAUGGUUGCAUCUUCCACGACCCCGGGAAAACACUAGAUGCUAUUGAAGAGACAAAAUGA